CGCGAAAGCUCUCAACCUACUGUUCCUAGUUUUAUACGCGAGAUUCAAUUGAACUCAACAACUGAUGCAAUUAUCGUAGUGAAACCCAUGAUAUUGAUAUCGUUAUCAAUGUUCCAAGCCUUCUUCACAUGAAACCAUUUCUACUCUCUCCAAAAAUACCUGUUCCUCUGUGGAUAUCUUCUCUCCGUUUCUCUUUCAACCACCAAAUCCCUUUUUAUCCUCUAAACCCAUUCUCAUCAACCUCCACCACCAGAACCAAAUGGAAUUCAACUACCAAUGUGAUCAUUACGCACCCCACUCUUUUAAUCCUGGAGUCGUGUACGUCCAUGACCCAGUUGAAGCAAAUUCAAGCCCACAUGACCAUUAGUGGUCUCAUUACUCACACAUUCCCUGUGAGCCGCGUGUUAGCCUUUUGCGCUCUCGCUGAUAAUGGUGAUUUAAACCAUGCCUAUUUGCUGUUUACCCAACUUGAAAACCCCAACACUUAUAUGUGGAAUACUAUGAUUAGAGGGUACUCUAAAGCUAAUAUGCCAGUUAUGGGGUUCUCCUUCUUCUGUCAAAUGGUUCAACAACGAAUUGAAAUGGACUCUAGAAGCUUUGUUUUCGCGCUGAAAGCUUGUGAGCAGUUUUCAAGAGUUUUAGUGGGGAAAUCAAUUCACUCAACAAUUUGGAAAAUGGGUUUUGUCUGUGCCUUGUUGGUUCAGAAUGGGUUGAUACAUUUCUAUAGUGUCCAUGGGUGUUUGAUUUUAGCUCGUAAAGUGUUUGAUGAAGUUUCUUUGAGGGAUGUUGUUUCUUGGACCUCGAUGAUUGAUGGUUAUUCUGCGCGUAAUUGUUACAAUGAGGCUUUCGAGCUUUUUGAUUCCAUGUUGUUGAGCGAUGUUGAGCCGAACGAAGUUACUUUAAUUUCGGUGCUUUCAUCUUGCUCUCGUGAAGGGGACUUGAGCGUUGGGAAGAGUAUCCAUGAAUAUGUAAGAAGGAAGAAUUUGAAUCACAACCUGAAUUUGAUGAAUGCAAUUUUGGAUAUGUAUGUGAAAUGUAGUUGCUUGAUUGCUGCAAGAGAGACUUUCGACAACAUGAGAAUUAAAGAUGUGUUCUCCUGGACUAGCAUGGUUAACGGGUAUGCUAAAAGUGGUGAACUAGAGUUGGCAAGAAAGUUGUUUAAUGAGAUGCCUGAGAGAAACGUAGUUUCCUGGAAUGCCAUGAUUGCAGGUUAUUCUCAAAAUAAUCAACCUAAGCAAGCUCUAGAAUUGUUUCAUGAUAUGGUGGAGGCAGGCUUGUCGCCGAUGGAGAAUACUUUAGUGUGUGUUCUAUCUGCUUGUGGUCAGUUGGGGUAUUUGGACUUCGGUCGGUGGAUUCAUCUCUACAGUGUCGAGCAAAAACUCAUAGAAAAUAGUGUGAUUUUAGCAAAUGCGUUAAUAGACAUGUAUGCUAAAUGCGGAGUAAUAGAUGCUGCUGCAGAAGUUUUUAAUUACAUGCCACAGAGAGAUUUGGUUUCUUGGAAUUCCAUGAUUUCUGCUUAUGCUAGUCAUGGGCAUGCCAAGCAAGCUGUUGUUGUCUUUGAGCAAAUGAUAAAUGGAGGACUCAAGCCAGAUGAUAUUACAUUUGUGGGCGUUUUGUCAGCUUGCAGCCAUGGUGGACUAGUCACUGAAGGCCGAGCAUAUUUUAAGGAAAUGGAAAGAAAUUAUGAUAUUAAGCCCAAGCAAGAACACUACGCUUGUAUGAUUGAUCUGCUUGGUCGAGUUGGACUGCUAGAAGAUGCUUAUGAAUUAAUAACUAAGAUGCCAAUGCAUCCGAGUGAAGCUGCUUGGGGUGCUCUUCUCAAUGCUUGUAAGAUGUAUGGGAAUGUUGAACUGGCUACGCUUUCAGCCAAGGAACUUUUUGACUUGGAUCCCGAGGAUAGUGGUGUUUACGUUUUGCUAGCAACAACUUGUGCUAAUGGUAAAAGGUGGGGCGAUGUUAGGAUGAUCAGAAGCAUGAUGAGGGAGAGGGGGGUUAAGAAGAUUCCUGGCCAUAGCUUGAUAGAGGUAGAGGGUGAGUUUCAUGAAUUUUUGGCGCGUGACGAAUCCCACCCGCAGUCUGAAGACAUUUAUAGAGCAUUGGAUGAAAUGUAUUUGCUGUCCAAACUGGAAGAUAAUGUAACAAACACAUCUGAAUUGACAGGUCUUUUUACGUUUUAUGAUGAUUCCUCGAGAUCAUGUAUCAACUAUCAAUCAAAACGAUUAAAAACAUGAAGAGCUUUAUUUGUUACAAAAUAUUUCAUAGAAAGGAGGCUUAGAUUUAAA